AUGGCGUCUGCUGAUCUGAUAGACGAGCUGAGCUGCUCCAUCUGCCUGAGCAUCUUUGCGGAUCCGGUAACGCUGAGCUGUGAACACAACUUCUGCCGGGAAUGUAUUGACAGUGUGUUUGAUUCUCAGGCGGCGUCUGGACUUUAUACCUGUCCGGAGUGCCGAGAGGAGUUCAAGAAGCGACCUGUACUGUCUAGCGCUAGAGUUCUACGCAACAUAGCGGAGAAGUUCCUCAUUUCUCAACCCGUUCCGGAAGAUACCGGAAUCUAUUGUACUUACUGUGUGGAUUUUCCUGCACCGGCUAUAAAGUCCUGCCUGCUCUGCGAAAGUUCUCUGUGUGGCAAACACCUGAGAGUCCAUGCCAAGUCACCAGAACACGUCUUAACCGAUCCCACCAACACGCCAUGGAACAGAAAAUGCUCAAUCCAUAAUCGGAUUGUAGAGUAUUACUGCCCCACGGAAAGGGUUUGUAUCUGUGUUCACUGUAUUGCCGUUGGAGAUCACAAAGGACACCCGGUGGAGAAGCUGGAUGAGGCCCCUGAGAAGAAGAAGGAGAAGCUGAGGAAAGAUCUGGAGAUAUUGUCCUCAAAGAAAGCCUGGGCUGAGAAAGAAGUCCAGAGUCUGGAGGAACGGAGGACAGACGUACAAAUAAAAGCGGCUCAUGUGACACAGAGAGUCGCUGUCCUGUUCAGAGAUGUCAGGAGAGAGCUGGAAGAAGUAGAGCAGGGAGUCCUAGACGAGAUUUCCAAACAGGUGGAGAAGAUCUCAGAGUCCGUUUCCAUUGUGAUCCAACAACUGGAGAUACAGAAGGACGAGUUGUCCAGGAAGAUGAGUCGCAUCGAGGAAUUGUGUAAAUCCUCCGACCCAAUGACCGUCCUGAAGGAUCAGAACUCCGAUGGAGAGGACAUCUGUCAUAUCGAGCAGGAGGAUACUAUGGACACGGUGAUUCCAAGUGAAGGCAAUUUCUAUGAAGAUCUCAUCAAAGACGGAUUACACAAAUUAUCUGACAUAAUAAAAGAUCUUCACAUCUGUGUCCAGAAACAAGAAGGCGUUUUACUCGACGAGGAAACCGCUGCUAAUGAUCUACUGAUUUCAAGGGAUCUGAAAACUGGCUCUUCGAUGACCGUGAGAUUAGACCGUCCGGAAACGCCCAAACGAUUUAAGAACUUUCAGGUUCUAAGCAGGAGAAGUUUUUCCUCGGGGCGGCAUUGCUGGGAGGUGGACACCAUUUAUUCCAACAGCUGGAGAGUCGGGUUGUGUUAUCCCAGCAUGGGCAGGAAAUCAUUUAUUGGGGACAAUAAGGACUCCUGGUGUUUGCAAAGGUGUAACCAUGAUGAGUAUAAUAAGGUGCAUGAAUGUCAACGUAUUCCAUUUCAACACAAGCCAACCAGCCAUAAAUUCCGGAUCUAUCUGGAUUAUGAGGCCGGGCGGAUCUCCUUUUAUGAGCUGAGCGACCCAAUCAGACACCUCCACACCUUCACCACCACCUUCACCGAGCCCCUCCAUGCCGCAAUUUCUGUUUGGAAAGGAUCCAUAAACAUUAUAAACUAG